AUGGCAUCUUUGAAAGAAUUCGACGCGAGCGAAGUGGCAGCUCACAAGACGAAAAACGAUCUUUUUGUCAUCAUUCAUGGAAAAGUGUACGACAUCACAGGCUAUGUGCGAGACCAUCCCGGUGGUGCGGAUGUGUUGCUAGACGUCGCUGGUACAGAUGCAACGGCUGCAUAUGAGGAUGUCGGUCACUCGGAGGAUGCAAAUGAAAUUAUGGAGACAUACUUAAUUGGUACUGUCAAGGAUGCACACGAAUUUGUCCAGCCCAAGGUUGUUCGCGUAAUCAAGCAAACCUCUUCCGGCACAGAUACACCCAAGAAGUCAUCGAUGGCCCUCAAGGCUGCGACUACAAUUACUGCCACGCUUGCUGCUUCUGCGCUGGUUUACAUUUCUUCCAAGAAUCAGCGAGCCCUCACCGAUUUCUUCGCAAAGCACUCCCCGGCCUCCCUACAACUCUCCGAGGCUCGCAUUCCAUUCGCAAGCCUUCUACAGGGUGGAUUUUUGAGUGGAGUCACUGCUGCCACUCUUGCUUGCGCGACAAUUGGCGGUGCCAUUGGAGUCAAACUCUCAAAAUUCACUGAAAUCGAAUCUGGUUUCACAAAGUAUCGUUCGUACAUCAAAGCCUCGACACUGAAGAAACAGGACCCACAUCUCGUGAAGGGCUUCCUCGAGCCCAAGACCUACAAAAAGCUUCCCCUUAUUGAGAAAACUCAAUUAUCGCCCAAUGUAUACCGCUUCGUCUUUCAACUGCCCAACCCAAAGGGCGUGAUUGGACUCCCAAUUGGCCAGCACGUUGCUAUUAAAGCAACGGUCAACGAUGCUUCUGUUUCGAGGUCAUAUACUCCGACAUCCAAUAACCUGGAUCUUGGAAAACUGGAGCUAGUCAUCAAAUGCUACCCAGAUGGUAUUCUUACCGGACAAUACCUCCAGUCUUUGGAAGUUGGCGACAAAGUGGAAUUCCGAGGCCCCAAAGGCGGGAUGAAAUAUCACAGCGGGCUUUGCAAGAAAAUUGGCAUGAUCGCCGGUGGAACCGGAAUCACCCCGAUGUACCAACUCAUCCGGGCAAUUUGCGAGGAUGAUCGGGAUACGACUGAAAUCAGCCUGAUCUACGCCAACCAAAGUGAAGAGGAUAUUCUUCUCCGUCGCGAGUUGGAAGCUUUUGCACGAGGAUACCCCAAGAACUUUAAGCUCUGGUAUAUGCUUGAUCAUCCUUCUGACGAUUGGGCUUACGGCAAGGGAUACGUUACACCAGAAGUCAUGGCUGCAAGAUUGCCUGGGCCAGCACCUGACACGAAAAUCAUGCUUUGUGGUCCGCCGGGUAUGGUGAAUGCUUCGAAGAAGGCCUUGGUGGCUGCGGGCUUUGAAGCUCCUGGCGCUGUCGGAAAGAUGACCGACCAGAUCUUCUGCUUCUAG